CUGCGCAGGCGCGGGGCGGCCAUGGCGACUUUCUUCGGGGAGGUGGUGGUGGCUCCGUCCCGGGCCGGCCUGGAUGAGGAGGAGGAGGCGCGGGAGGAGACGCCCGAGGACCGCGAGAUCCGCAGGGAGAUUGAGAAGAAAAGGGAGGUCGAUGUGCUGUGGACCUGGAGGUCGGGCGGCGGUGGCGAGGAGCCCCUGGUGUGCUCCAAGUUCAUCGUGGCUAUAGGAAGGAACGCUUCAGCUUUCCUGUCGUCUUUCAUUCUGGAUUCUGUGUGCUGGGAAGUGGUUGGAGUUGUGAAGCUGUGGAAUGAGUGGUGCCGGACAUCCAGCACCACAAAUGUCCUCCCCACCGACUCUUUCUGUUUGUUCUACAGAUUGAUAUCAGAUCCCACAGUUUUAUUGUGUCAGUGUAGUUGCUACGUUGCUGAGGAUCAACAGUUCCAGUGGCUUGAGAAGGUUUUUGGCUCCAUGCAAAAGGAAGGCUUGCAAGUAACCAUCCUCUCCACGUGUCCUGUAGCUGAUUAUAAAACUCAGGAAUCCACUCUAACACUUGCAUCUCCAUUCCUGAAAGCUUUGAAGACCAAAGAAUUCCAGGAGCAGGUCUGCUGCCCACUGCUGGAGCAGCCCAACAUUGUGAGGGAUCUUCCUGCUGCUGUUCUGAGUUACUGCCAGGUGUGGCAGAUCCCUGCAGUGCUGUACCAGUGUUACACUGAUGUCAUCAAGCUGGACACGGUUACCAUCGAAGCCUUCAAGCCUCUGCUCUCUUCUAAAGUCCUGAAGAGUUUAGUCAARGAUGCGUCUGAAAGCACAAAGAUUUUGAAGAAGUUCCUGACAACCAGUGAAAGUCACAAUAAUAUCUACAUCUGACAAGGACAUUUAUGCUGCACUUUUGUAAACUCCAGCUUCUUCUGUAGAGGACUUCUGGGAAUUUUUUUCCCCCCUUAAAAGUAGAAUAAAUUCCAGUAGUUUUUUACUUUUCCAGUCAUUUUUGUUGCUUUUAACUUCAUCACUACAAAUACCCUUCUUCAUGGCUUGGGAGAUUUUCUUCUGGAGUGAUUUUAGAAACAAUAUCUUGGAUAUUAAAAGCAAAUAUUUUUCUCCUCCUGACGGGACUGUCUUACCUAAAAGUAUUCCUUUUCUGUGUAAAAGAGGAAAUGAAGUUAAGGAAUUCUGUCUGCAUCUAACAAGAACUCUCCUAUUUUACUUCAGUUUGAGACCUAAAGGAUUUUCUAAUAUUUGGUGCUCUUUAAAGAUUUGUCUGUGAUGGAGAAAAUACAUUCUCUGUCCUUUUACAUACAUAAAUAYGGAGAAUUUUGUUUGUGUUUAUYUAUGGCUCCACAUACUUCUUUUAAYGUAUGUGUUGAUGCAAAAUACAAUAAUUUAAGUAUGGUAAAUGCCUUUAAACGGGUUGCUAAUGAAAAAUGAAAAGACUGGUGAAAGGGGCUGGCAGGAUCACUAGCUGCUUCAGCUGGAUUUGCCAGGUCAAAUGGUUCUAAUCCACAUUUAAAACACCAAAAUUUGGGCAAUGRUAGGAAUAAUAAAAGAUGUCUUAGGCAGAGCAUGUGAGUUUUAGWGGAAAGUAAAAGUUUUCAAAGUGUCUCAAAAAAUUCUCUGGAAGUUGGUAACAAUUUCAGCAGUUUAUUAAAGCAUUAACUAGGAUUGAGGUGCA